ACAACAAAACUAGAAUUACCUUGUUUCUAGCAAUAUAGCAGAAUAUGUCACGCCGCAGCAAGCGUCUGAGCACUCUGGAUCAGGAAGAUGACAAGAACAGCACUAGCAGCAUGGACAGUCAUAUGUUGUAUAGAGACAGUCCUGUCAGGAGUACAAGGAGGAAAGUGACCACCAUCAAACGAGCUCCUACCCCCCACCAGACCACUGAGCAUACAAACUACACUGAGACAUCUACAUAUAUUAAUCGGGACCGCAGUGGUUUGUCUUCAGCCCUAAAGGAAACAGACUAUGAAGGAUCUACAUGGGGAGAAAGUGACUUGGUACGGAAAAAGCUUGGGAUAGAUAUUUCCCACAUCAGCAGCAAGAAUGGCUUCUCAGAUAGACAGACAACGUAUGACAAAUCUCCUUCAUCUUCUGGUUAUUCUUCAGAGGAGGAUUACAAUGGCCAUUCUCAUUCUCAAGAAGGUUUUAGUCGUGUCUCUCAUUGGAAAAAGUGGGCUCAGAAAAUGAAGGAACUGCCUUGGCUUUUGUUUUCAUAUCCAGAGGGGGGGACCCCGAAGACUACGGCAAAAAGAAAGCCCAAGUGCAGAGAGACAGGCAGCCAGGAGCAGUACACGGCCGGCCAGCCGCUGGAGAUAGGGGGAGGGGAGAGGGGGAGUGUGAUUCAG